UCUGCGCUCUCAGUGAGUGAUAAAACUCCGUAUCAAACUAACGCGCUUUAGCCAGAACUUGGCGCUUUCAUGACUGAAAAGUGCUUUCUUUUCCUGAGGCCUCACACAGCAUAAAAUUGCAAAACCGUACGAGCAUACUACACUCGAAACUGUAUUUUCCAGGGCUGAUUAGAGAUGGAGCAAGAAGUUCCAGCCACAGGCGGCAUUUGCGGGCCAAAAUGCAAGGCCCGCUACAUCAUGGCCAUCCUAGCCUCAUUAGGAAUGGGCCUAAUUUACGGCCUAAAAGUGGGCCUUCACGUAGUCAUCGUAGCAAUGGUCAACAACACAGCAAUUCAACAUGAUCGACAUACCGCCUCCAGCGUGUCCGUAUCGCGCUGUGGCCACCAAGACGCUAUAAAUGUUACAGUUAAACCUAUGGAAGACGGUCCUUUUGACUGGAGCACGGAAGUUCAAGGAUGGCUGCUUUCUUCAUAUUUCUUCGGGUAUCUAGUAGCACAGUUACCCGGAGGACGAGUAGCUGAGCUUUUCAGCGCGAAGUGGGUUCUUUUCUUCGCUGUAGCUCUUAAUGUUAUUGCCAUCUUGCUGAGUCCCGUAUUGGCUACGGCUCAUUAUGGGGGGUUGUUGGUCAUGAGGGUUCUGCAAGGGAUUGGGGGCGGCGUAACGUUCCCGGCGUGCCACGUGAUGCUGUCCCACUGGGCGCCGCCGCUGGAACGCAGCGUAAUGAGCAGUAUUGUGUAUGCAGGGACGUCUUUAGGCACCGUGAUUUUCAUUUUAAUAUCGGGAGUCAUAGCCGGUGCGUUAGGCUGGGAGGCUGUUUUUUACAUCGAAGGAGGAGUUUCAAUUUUGUGGCUAAUUCUAUGGGCAUGGUUUAUCGCAGACUCCCCUUCUAAACAAAAGCACAUCUCGCUUGAAGAACGCGCAUUCAUCGCUUCCAGCUUAGCUGCAGAAUACGGUGGAGACGAUCAAAUAAAAACUGCCCGCCCACCCAUGCCAUGGAAAGCAGUAUUCACAUCUCCUGCCUUCUUAGCAAUCCUUGUGGCACACACUUGCAGCAACUGGGGCUGGUAUAUGGUUUUAAUUGAGCUACCACAAUACAUGAAAAACGUACUAGAAUUUGAAAUAAGCAAGAACGCGGUUCUAACUUCAAUCCCGUUCUUGACGAUGUGGAUAUUUAGUAUGAUUCUGAGCAAGGUUUUGGAUACAUUGAGAGGGAAAAAUAAAAUUACAACGACAACGGCGAGGAAAAUCGCGACUUUGAUCGCUAGUGUGAUACCAAUGAUUUGUUUUAUUAUUCUGUGUUUCAUUGAAUGUGAGAGGGAAGUUGCUGUUACGUUGAUGACUAUUGCUGUUACUAGUAUAGGAGGGAUGUUCUGUGGAUUUUUAUCCAACCAUAUUGAUAUUGCUCCAAAUUAUGCUGGGACGUUGAUAGCUAUAACAAAUACGGUUGCCACUAUUCCAGGAAUUGUGGUUCCAAUUGUUGUGGGAAAGUUGACUCACGUUGAUCCAACUAUUAAUUCGUGGAGAAUUGUCUUCUACAUCACUAUAGUGUUAUAUAUUAUUGAAAUUAUAACAUACGCAAUUUUUGGUUCUGGGAAUGUACAACCUUGGAAUCACGCUGUAAACAGGAAUAGUCCUACUGAAGACCAACCUUUGCGACCCAAAUAAUUAGUUAGAAAAAUUUGAAUGAAUUAAAGAUCUGUGUACUUAUUAUGUAAUUAUAUGUAUAUUUAUUAUAUUUUAUUGUGUGUGUA